GCCAGCUCUGAGCCUUCUAAGGCAGUCAUCAUUCGCUUCCAUGGUGGAAGGUUUCUGGCGCAAACGUCAUAGUCACAUGUGCACGCCAGAUUAUCACCCGAACACUCGUCACCUGUCACAGCUGCAGUCGGGCAUCCACCAACGUCAUGCCACCAUCCUGAAUGCUUCGCCGGCCUACCUCUCUACACUGGUGGCAAGUGAUGAGAUGCUGCACAGCUUACCAUCGAUUGCAUUGCUGCCAAGUUCACUUGACCCACUCUUGGAUGAUUUCAUCGUCAUGGCGGGUCGUCUGCACGCACUCGGCAAGGAUGUGACACUACGCCCAUUCGACGGAAUAUCCCAUGGCUUCCUCAACUUCCACGCAGUCAGCCGCUUGGCGCGGCAAGCCACCAAUGUGUGCAUUGAGUUGAUGGACGCAGCAAUCAAACAACACGACCAAGAUGUUUAGUCGUGAUACAAGUACCGUAAAGUACCGCCAGAGCGCCCCACCAUCUCGUCCUUUCGUGGCCGCCUUGUGGAGGUGGAUUCCUGUCUGUAGGCCAUACGACACGGACCUUGUACAAAAAUUGCACAUUGUGCAGUCAAUCCAUACCCAGUUUACCUUCGAGCUCCACAUAAAAGCAUACCAAGUGUGACCUUAGUACUAGUACUAGGGCCAAUUCAAAAAAUCGACCUCUAAAAUACAUGCCUUGACACAUGUUGGCUAACAAGGAUUUUUCGGUGUUAUUUGAUAGAUAAUGUCUUCAAGAGUAUCUUGGCCCAGUAUGGCGUGUCCAAUCGCGUCCAAAGGUCCCGAAAUCACCCUCGAUAGGAAUACAAAUUGCCGAAAAAACUAAGUUCUCAUCGGCUAUAUUCAAGCAUUUUCAAGACUUUCUCGGUACUAUAUUGACUGGACCUGGGAGUUUUUACCCUUUUAUGUGCCAGGAGCUAUAGUAACACCGUACAUACACAGGAUGCGAACCGACGCGUACACUGAUUUUGUGCGAGAGUUGGAAAGAUUGAACAUCAAGUCGUGUAGUUGUGACAUACCAGAAAUGUGUUACCUCGUUUGGACACUUUCUUCAAAGUUUUGCAUUGACUCGCUGGCGCUUUUGCUGUCGGAACGUCCACGAAUGGAUCGAUGCUAAAUUCAGCAGAACCUUCAUUAUAAUGUAAUCUUGGCUCCCCGGAAAAGUAGGCAUGAUUCCAACAAGGAGCAGCACAACAAUUAUGUGUGGAAAGCAGGGGAAAGUCAUCAUAGCUUGCCAAGCCAGUUGUAACUAUUCAUAGGACUAAUCUACAACCGUGGAACGUUUCAGACCUGGCUAACUUCAUCGGGCUGGAAUGAAGGCAUUUACUUUGUGAGUACUGCUGCACAGGAGGUGUUACAGUGGACGAGCAUUUGAUUCGAAUCUACAAGAGCGGCUAGUGUUAGUACCAUGAUUUGAACACACCGACCGUGGUGAUCAGCUACCAUUUGCACAAAGCCUAUUUACCAGCUCAACAGCUCUAGGACAACUGCCUAAGGCCUC